GUUUGACAGCAGCCGUCAUCGUCGGUUGAGAAACAGAGAGUUUUCGCAAGGCGCUAGUGGUUCGGUUCUUUUCCUUUCAAGAGGCAAAAGUUGUAUCUUUGUGUAAUAAAACGCCUUCCGCCGCGUUAGAAAAUCGUGUCCGGAGGUGGCCCUCGCUAGGAGCCGCCCAGUGCCGCAGAUAAAAGUGACCCCAGGAAGCGGCUCGUCCGGUUGAGCUAGGCAUUUUCACAAAGCCCUUUCGGUUUGCCUGGUCGUUCUGGGCUCUGUCAAAAAAAAAAAGUGGUGGAACGGAGUGCCGGCUGGUGGACUGCGGCGGUACGCAGCAGCAGCACCACCGUGGUGGUGUAUGUGCGUGUGAGAGCAGCAGCAGCACGCGCGAGAACGAAACGGCACGAGAUAGUUCGAGUGCCCCCCAUUUCGAGGUUAGGAUCGAUUUGUGUUUGCAAACUUUGUGAGGCUAAGCAGCAGCGUAAAUCGGGGCAGUUUUGUUUUGAAAAACAAGUGUGACAAUGUCGCCGCACAGCGAGAUGCGGUGGUAGAUUGGCGUGCGUGAUUACCCUGAUUUCGAGUGUGUGAUUUUUAGGGAAAGUCAGAAUGAAGCGCAAAACGGGGACCGAUUCGCUCACCACACAAACCCUGCUGGACUUUGAUUUGGGUGAGAGCUCGUCGGAUUCGGAUUUUAGAAUAGAGGACCACGAUGACGACAGCGAUGACUUUUCGGCGGGUAGCAAGGAUGAAGAUGAUGGUGGCAAAGACGACGAUGAUGAUGACGACGGAGAUGAGGAAAGUGACGACGACGAUGAGGAGAGCGGGGAUGAUGACGAGGAGGAGGAGGAAGACGGUACCGACAGUGGGACCACCGGAAGUGGUUCCAAGGGUGGAAAUACGGGCGCGAAAAUAGAAGUUGCCGAUGCGAAGCCACUGAGUCUGGUUGAGAUGUUGGAAAAGUCCAACAAGGGAGUGGACAAGGCGACGUUGAAGCUGCUGGCAACGCCAAUAUGUUGUGCCUGUUUGGGGGACAGGAGCGAUGAUCAGAACGAGAUUGUUGAGUGCGAUGGGUGUGGCGUAACGGUUCAUGAAGGUUGCUACGGAGUGAGUGAAAGUACGAGCGUCAGCAGCACAAUUUCCUCCUGCUCAACCGAACCUUGGUUUUGUGAGGCAUGCAAGGCGGGCAUUUCUGAUCCGGACUGUGAGCUGUGUCCGAAUAAGGGCGGCAUUUUCAAGGAGACAGAUGUUGGCAAGUGGGUGCAUCUUGUGUGUGCGUUAUAUGUUCCGGGAGUUGCUUUCGGCGAGGUGGAUCAGCUCUCUUCGGUGACGCUUUUCGAGAUGCCUUACAAUAAGUGGGGCGCCAAAACGUGCAGUCUGUGUGAUGACGCAAAAUUCGCAAGAACCGGAGUUUGCAUCGGUUGUGAUGCUGGUAUGUGCAAAACUUACUUUCACGUGACUUGCGCUCAGUAUGCUGGAUUGCUAUCAGAAGCCCACUCAGAGGAGGCCGAUCAGGCGGAUCCGUUUUAUGCGCACUGCAAAAUUCACUCUGACAAAACACUAAUCAAACAUCGAAAGCGGAACUACAACGGUAUAAAGCUGAAGGCUCAAAAUAGGAAACUCGAGCAGGUGGCAAAAAGGCUGGAGAAACCAUCACCUGAGCAAGUUCGGAUUGAAAGAAAGCUAGCAAAGCACCGGAAGAAAUAUGUCAACCUCAAAGAGACGAAGAAUCCGCCCUGGGUUCCCACCCAGAAGAUGCCUCGACUGCUCACCACCAGCGCUACUGCUUGUAAGAAGAUGCUGCUCAAAGCGGAGCUGAUGGGCAUUGAUUCGGCGGCCAUGGAGUUUCAGGAAGCCCAAAUGACUGCCCUGGCUGAUGUUCGCAAGAAAUGGCACAUUCCACCGGCUUUCAGCGUCGAAUUCAUUGGUUACUAUCUGGAUCGGACCAUCCGGCUGAAGGAGAUCAAGAAAAAUCUCCAACAACAGGCUUACGCAAACAAACGACUCCUGGAAGACCAACAAACCCUGCGCGAGAAGUACGAUUCCGCCAUGAAGAUCAACCAGGAUGCGCUCAACGAAAACGAUGAACUGAAGGAUGCCGUACGGAAGUUGUACGACGACAUUCAUGCGCUCUGUCCCAACAAAGCGCUGAUCCCGAUCGAACAAAUCGGCAAACCGCCUUCGGUGCCACCCAUCCAGAAUCCAAGCGUUGUCAUCAACACUCCCAGCUCGACACCUCCGGCCCGAACCAUCACCGUCCCGACGGCGGCAGCUCUCAAAAUGGGCGUAGGAUUUCCGCUGCAAAAUCUCAUCGCCCCUGGCAAGCGGGACGACACCGGCCGAAUCCUCAGUACCCAGUGCAAACAGAACAGCGAAGAGCUGCUGAACGAAUGUGGCAUCUGUAAGCGCUGCUCCGAUCAGCAUCUGCUGGCCAAGUGCGACACUUGCCACCUAUACUAUCACCUCGGCUGUUUGAAUCCUCCCCUCACGAGGCACCCAAAAAAGUCCAAACUUUACGGCUGGCAGUGUUCCGAGUGUGACAAAUCGGACGAUUCCGGUCCGGAGAAUGUGAUUCUCCCGAAAGCGCCCAGAAAGUCGCGAACCAGAUACAGCAAAGACGGUAUCAUCGUUCCGUACGAUAUGCCUUCGCCAGAGUUCGAGCGAUCCCCCGAGAGCAUUACCAAGCGCUCUCGGAAAAGUACCGGGACCAACAGCACCUCGGAGAGUCCUUCCAAAACCGCGGCCGCGACCGCGGUAACGAACGGAAUCGAAACGAAGGAGGUACUGCUGGAGCUUCCAAAGAUCGACCAAGAGCUGGCCAGCAAAUUGGGAGCCAUCGAAACGUCCGUGGAGAUGACACCGAAAGCGGUACUCGCUGGCAAGCGCGGACGCAAGAAGAAGAUUUUAGAGCCAAUUCCUGGUGAGGGCAAAGACACCUCGAAAGAGGAUGUUUUGAAAGAAGUUAAAUCUGAGCCUGUGGUAUCAAUCGCUGUCGACCCUGUACCAGCGCAGGAGCAGCAUGACAAGCCGAAAGAAGAAUCAACCCCGAAGGGAUCUUCUUCCAGUGAAGCUGGACUGAAGGAGAAAAAGAAGGAGAAGCAGCUUAAAGCAACCUCGGAUGUAUCCGCCCCUGUUGAGGCGGAAAUAACUGCUUUGGGAAGUUCCCGGGAGUCGCUUACCGCCGCUCCUACUGGAGCCACGAUAGCCGCCGCCCCGCCGGCGGCACCUGCAAUCGAACCGGAAGCCGAAUCUUCCGUCACCUUUCCUUCCCACAGCUCGUCCCACAAGCACAGCAAACGGAAAAAGGAAAAACAUCGCAAUCGGUCCCCCCACGAGGACGGUUCGCCCACGAAGGAGCACAAACGCAAGCGGAAGCGAAAGAAUCACGACAUGGAGAACCCGAACGAUGCUGCGAGCGGGAACGAGAGUACCAUCCAUGCGGCGUACACCAUUCCUUCCGACGACAAUCGGCCGAGAAUCAAAAUUAAGAUCAAAUCGGUACUCGACGGUUCCAACACGCACACGAUAUUCUAUGUUCCGAACGACAGUAUAGUACCUCCGUGUCCGUCGACCAGCAGCGAACCGGUGGUGACAAGUACUCCGCUAAGUUCCCCUGCUGCCACCUCGGCGCUACCCAAAUCGGUUGAAAAGCCAGACCCCCUUCAAACAUCAUCUUCGGCUCCGGAGCUGAGUUCCACUGCUACUAAAGCGCCCACACCGUCUACAUCCACAAGCAGCAGACCCCAAUCAUCACUGGGUGCAUCCACGUCGGCACCGACCAUUUGUUCUGGCGCUUCGGCAGCGGCAGCUGCAGUUUCGAACGCUAGCGGAGCUGGUGUUGCAGCAGCCGCCACCGCCAACAACAAACCACCACCCGCUCUGGGUCGAGGUCGAGGUCGACGGCUUAGCGUCGGUCGGCCAAGCCGAGCGUUGCUAAAUUCAACGCUGAAUUCCUCCGGAAACAGCUCGGCCGCAGCCGGUAGCAGUGAGAGUGUAUGCGACGUCUGUCACAGCCCCGGAACGCAGAGCAACAUUGUUCAAUGCGACGAAUGCCACAAAAAUUAUCACUUCGGCUGCCUGGAUCCACCGGUGAAAAAAUCACCGAAACGGCGCGGCUACUCGUGGCACUGUGCAGACUGUGAUCCCACUGACACUGAAACCAACUGAGCUGAGCGAGCGGACGGAAUCGCGGGAGCCCCCGGAGUGCGAUUUUCCUCUAGUCGACCACCCCCGGUGAGAAAAAAAGAAAAAAACAGAAGGGACCCAGUCAUCAGUAAGUCGGAAAGUAUUUUGUGUUUCGAUGCACACCCGAACACGCACCCCUGUGUUCAAGGAAACGAAUAACUGAAUCUGUGAACUAUGAAUUAACUCUCUGAAGUUGAGAGAAAAAAAAAGUUGUCCUAACGAUACGUAUUUAAAAAGAAAAUCUGGGUGCACUUGCUACAACGUGGCUGGAACGCUGUGAUUGCCCACUUUAUGGUUUUCAGUUUCAUGUUCAAACUUCGGACAUUCACACGAACGCGGUCAAAACAAGUAAGCUUCCACUUAUAAUUUUUAUUCUGUCGUUUCCGAGAACAGAAAAUCGAACAUUGUGUCAGUAAGAAUUCUACGAGAGUUGUCUCAAAUAAAUGGUAAUUUAUUUUGUAACAAAACAAAA